UUUCCAGUGAUCUAAAUCCAGAGCUUUUGACCACCAUCACUUCUCAGACGAUCAGCAUGCAAGAGAAAUGGAUGAUGAGAUUGACAGGAAAGCCAGAAUUCUGUGGGAUUAUCUCAGUCUAAAUCAGACCUUGGAGAAGAGCGAUGUGAUCAUUGGACUUGGCUGCCACGAUACAAGAGUGGCGGAGAGAUCAGCUGAGCUCUUCCUGGAGGGGUUCGCUCCACGGCUGCUCUUCACUGGUUACCUCGGCAACCAAACUGCAGGUGUGUGGACGCGUCCAGAGGCGGAGGUGUUCCUCGAUAUCGCGUGCGGAAUGGGAGUCCCCCGCAGCAGCAUCCUGCUGGAGACUGCAGCAACCAACACCGGACAGAACAUCCGCUUGUCCUACCAGAUCCUACAGGACAACAAUGUCCCGGUCAGCAGGCUGAUUCUAGUACAGCAGCCUUUCAUGGAGCGAAGAGUCAUGGCCACCUUUCUCCGCCAGUGGCCCGGGCCAGAGGGAGACACUCACGCCAUGGUCACUUCUCCCCGCUUAGACAUGGCCUCGUAUCCCAACGCUAGUGUGGGCAGCAAACGUGACCUCAUCUGCUACAUGCUCGGGGUCCUUGAGCGAAUCCGAGACUACCCACAAAGGGGAUUCCAGGUUGAGCAGGAUAUUCCACCCGAGGCCAUGCAGACUUACCAGUGGUUCCUAGGGACAGGUUACCGCCCACACUCCAAACACACCCAUGCCUAAACACACCGAGCUUUGGUGAUAAUUACAUGAUGUCCUGCAUUAAUAAAUAAAAAGACUGGGAUGGUAUUUCAGACAUCUGAGUCUGACCUUUGACCACAUCAUAGUUGAGAAGAACAGGGUCAUUUCUAAAGUUUCCAGAGCAAUGUUUCAUGAAGAGUAGGAUGAUGAAAUAAUGUCAAGUGUGACGCCUACAUGUACAGUAUGUGCAAAUGAAGGCUGCACCAUUUGGAGACCUACCUAAUUGAGAUAUCUAAUGGCUAUUUUUCAAACAGAUAUACUUCAAAUUCACCUAUCCAUUCACAUCAAGAUUGCAAUAAUCAUUUUUGUGCACAUGCAGAGUAAGAGCUUUAACGUUGUAUGUGUUCUGCAUUAUUUGAUACAGCAAAAAAGUUUAUUGACCUCUCAAUAUGUUUCGCUAACCAAACAUUUUUGCAGAUUUUGACUUUAGAGUCAUGUUUCUGUAAUCUUAGAUUGCUGACCAAUAGUUGCCUCCUUGCCAGAUGCACACUUUGGCCAUUUCAAGGGUAAAUUGUUCACAUGAAGUGUAAAUCCAACUGUUAAGGUAGAUGCUUUAUUUGCCUGUAAACAGAUAGACAGGCACCAAAAGCCAGAUGUUUGCACAAUAGCAGCACUGUGUAUCUGGAUCUCCUGUGUAAAUGUAUGCAAAUGUUUUCAAAAGCAGAAGUAUGUGAAGAGAUUCCACCUCUUUGGCCACCUUUGUGUUAUACUUUGGUAGGAGUACUGAAUGAUACGUUUAAAUAAUCUCAAUUCUAUUCCUUAUGUU